AUGCCUGUCAAAAGAAGAGAGGAAGUUGCUGCAAGUCUAGUAGUUUACCUUAAACAGUCGGUGCACCAGAUCAGUCAGCCAGCCUGCAAACAGAGCAUUGAAAAUGACACUGACUGGCUGAUUUUGAACUUUGGUCAGUUCUUCACGUAUGUGCCUUACUCUGACUUGGCAGAAUUCAACAUCUCUAGGGAGGCCGUGUUUGGCUCUCUAUCUGGUGAACAGAAGGUGGAGCGAAUCUUGACAACAGGUCUGGUGGAUGAUGAGUCUGCUAGAAACGUGUCAAGCAUCAGCACUGCUGUGAGCAACAUCAUUCUGAACAUGACAUUGAUGGAGCUGGCGAACAGAUUUGAAACCUUCGAUCCGCAGACGUUUUCGUUAUGGUUCCAGACGUACCUGCACGUUUUCCUCCCUGGGAUCGGUCCAGAUAGCCUCUCUGUCAUCCCCAGAACCAUCAGCUGUGAUUCUUACAGAGAAAUCGUGAAAGGCUGUGAUAACGUUUUCAGCAGUCUCACACCGAUUCAGACGGAGUACGUCUACAGUUUCACACGAGACUAUCUCUCCCAUCAGCCCAGCCAAGGAGAUUCCUGUGUGCUCAGUACUAACAGUGACGCCGACUGGCUGCUGAAAAACUUCGGACAGUUCCGCAUCAUCGCCAUGUUCUGUUUAAUACAGAUGAUGCCAAUCGUGAAAGGCUGUGAUAACGUUUUCAGCAGUCUCACACCGAUUCAGACGGAGUACGUCUACAGUUUCACACGAGACUAUCUCUCCCAUCAGCCCAGCCAAGGAGAUUCCUGUGUGCUCAGUACUAACAGUGACGCCGACUGGCUGCUGAAAAACUUCGGACAGUUCCGCAUCAUCGCCAACUUUACUGACUUUAUCAACUUGAAACGAAACUUUAAUGGAGUUGAGGUGGUGGAGUUUCUGACUGUGUCCCAGCUGGCUGAGCUUUGCUCCGACCCGUCACGUCUCAGCGGACCAGCGGAUGUUCAGACUGUGAUGAAUGAGCUUCAAACGCAGACGCUUUCAGAGUUUUUUGAUGUUCUUUCUCCAAACAUCCAAGUGAAUGAACAGGGCUACUCUGUGGAGGUGAAGCAGGCCUUCCUGCAGACAGUGUUUGUGCGAGGCGAUCUGUCGUCUCCUUCAGUCAGUGAUUCCGAGCUGUCAGUCUGGCUCACGGUUCGACUCAGGCCGCUGCUGUCUGCUUUGAGCUCAGCAGACGUUUCGGUGUAUUUCGACAUCGUCAGAGUUCGAGGCUGCAGUGUCAAACAGGAGGCUGUCAGUGUGCUGGACUCUCAAAGAACGGCUCUGGAUGAAAGCACACAACGUCAGAUCUAUAACAACAUCCAACAGCUACUCACAGAUGCUCCUCUUCGCUGUUAUGUCAGUGGCAGUUUCUACCUCUUCCUCAAGUCUUUCUUCCUCCAGUUUGGAUUUCCAGACCUCAACACCUUCCAGUCUCUGAUCCCUGUGGACAGGAGGCCUGAGCUGCUGGGCUCCAUCUCUACAGCCGAGCUGAGCGAGUUCCUGAACGCACCUCAGACGCUCGGAGACGGGUCGGGACUCUGCCAUCUGCUCAGCCAGUACAACCAGACCGCACGCUAUCUGGAGACGGAGCCGCUGGGAUCCGUGGGUUUGGCCCGGCAGGUGUUGUCCUGCGUCUGGCCUGGAGUUCUGAAGCUGGAGAUCCAGUCUGAGGUGGAUCAGUGGUUUGACCAUCGACUCGUGCGAUACCUGGCUCUGCUCGGCUCGCAGCUCCUCAGCCCCGCACAGCUCAGCAGCGCCACCUGUCUGCCCUACAGGAAACUUGUUUCAGUUCUCGGAAACAACUACAACUUCUCCAAAACUGACUUCACCCCAGAGGAUGUUUACAGCUCCAUGAAGGUGUAUCUCACAAAUGGUGGCUCACCGCGCUGCUAUAACGCCGGCGAUCCUCAGCUGAACUCCACAAACUGGCUUGUGAGCUACAUUGGCGUCUUCAUCAGAUACGUCAAUCUGUCUGACCUCAACUCUUUCGUGUCGUCUGACCAGAUUGGUGUGUUCUUGGAAAACCCGGAGAACCUUCAGCUGCUCAACAGCACUAUAACCAUCCAGUCCAGCGUAGCCAACUACUACGUAACACAGCUGUACAAUCAGAACCCGUCCUUCAACCCCAUCAGGCUGCCAGGCCAGUUCCUGUGUGGAAUUCCUUCAUUUGCAUUCGAGCUUCUAGGAGCAGACGACAGUUUGGUGCUCAUCCAGCAAAUCAACGUGUUCUGUAAUGGAACCGAGAGCCCUGAGAUCACGUCUGCUCUCGCGGCCAAUCUCCCUUCGCUCUCCUCCUCCACCAUCCAGCUGCUCGGCAGUCAGAGCGUGGGCCUGACGGAGGCUCAGAUAAGCUCCGCCUCUGCUGAUGUCAUCAAGGGCGCACUGUCGACUCUCAGCGCCGUCGAAGGCUGGAAUCAGGGCCAAGCCAACGCAGUCAUACAGACUCUCAUUCAGUCCGACUUUCCAAUCAACACCGGUUCUUCUCUGCUGUCUCUCGGGACGCUCGUCAAGGGCGUUCCAGCGGAAACCAUCUCCAGCAUUGAAUCCUCAGAGCUCCUGGCCAUAUCCAGCAAUCCCACGUUCAUCAGCAACAUCCUCUCAGCGCCAGAAAUCCUGCAGCUGGUUUACGUCAUGAAGAUCGCAUCCAUAGAUGAAACUAAAGUCAUCGAGAACGUUCCGGACGCAUUGGCUGGCUCCAUCCCGCGCCUCUUGUUGAUCUCUCAGGAGUCAGUUAACGUCACCCUCAUCAACCUCAAGCUCUGGAAACAGGAGCAGAUCAACACCGGCUCUUCUCUGCUGUCUCUCGGGACGCUCGUCAAGGGCGUUCCAAAAACCAUCUCCAGCAUUGAAUCCUCAGAGCUCCUGGCCAUAUCCAGCAAUCCCACGUUCAUCAGCAACAUCCUCUCAGCGCCAGAAAUCCUGCAGCUGGUUUACGUCAUGAAGAUCGCAUCCAUAGAUGAAACUAAAGUCAUCGAGAACGUUCCGGACGCAUUGGCUGGCUCCAUCCCGCGCCUCUUGUUGAUCUCUCAGGAGUCAGUUAACGUCACCCUCAUCAACCUCAAGCUCUGGAAACAGGAGCAGGCCGUGAUGCUGUUUGGCUCCAUGGCGAGUGUCAGUAUGGACACCGAAGAGCUGUCUGAGGCACUGCUGCAGGGCUUCACCUGCACGGCGGUCCAGACGCUCGCCGAGCCCAAGGUCAAGCAGCUGGUGAAAGCCUGCAGACAUCGGCCAGGACGCCAGAAGGUCCAGCUGAAAGAGAGCCAGAUACACACCUUACUUAUGUCUCUGGUGUGCAUGUACAACUACAUGAAAGAGGAGGCUUCGCCACGCUUCACAGAUUUACCUUCAGACAUGCUGCUUUACUACAACUAUGAGAAGGUGGAAGAGACGAACUGCCGCUCGUAUUUCAGCGCCGUGGGUACAGCAGAUUAUUCUGUUCUUUCCAGCGUCCUUGACAAACUGAAGACUUUGUUCAACAAUGCACAGAGCUGUCUGGGUAUUUCGGGUCAAAGGCUAAGCAAGGAUCACGUGGAGGUUCUGGGUAACCUGACCUGCACACUCGACCCCGUCUACAUUCAAAACUCUGAUCCAGCCAUCAUUGAGAGCCUGAAGAACUGCCACGAUCUGUCCGACGCUCAGAUCAGCGCUGUGCAAUCGCUGCUGCUCUCAGGAGAAACUGUCUAUGGGAGCUCUUCUGCUUGGGAUCAGCAGACGCUGGAGCGCCUCGACCUCAUGCCGCUGUACUUCACUGACGACUUCUGGAGCCGCUUCAGCGCCGUGCGGACGCUUAUUCUCUAUUGA